AUGUGGCGGACAGGCAUAGUAUUUGUGAUUUUACCUCACUUCAGUCUGGGAUUGUUGUCUGACUACAAGAUAUGUGGGGAUUCUGAGUGUGAAAGCCUAAUGAGCAGAGUGCAGGCCACCAGGGACCACCAUGGCGAGGACUGCCGUUUCCUGAGCUUCAGACGAGGGGACACCAUUUUUGUUUACCACAAACUGUCCGGGAAGAGAGGAGACCUCUGGGCAGGCAGCAUUGACAAACAGUUUGGCUACUUCCCGAAGGAAGCGGUGCAGGAGGAGCAGGUUUACGCUACCGCGGAAAAAGUAGUGGAAACACAGAAAUCUGAUUUCUUCUGCAUGGAUAAGUUUGGUUACCUCAUUGACUCCAGUCAUUUGGAUGGUGAUUCUGAAGAUGAUCAGAAAAACCAUGAGUCAGAAACCGCCCACACCACUCCCUACCCCGAUGACACAAGCGCUGAAAGUCCUCCGACAUCGGAAGAGCCCUCUGCCGAAUCUCCAGUUUCGGCACCGGAAGCUGACGGAACAUCGGCAGAAGUGGACGAAAGCAAGAGUGCUAGCGACGCCACUGCCGGGACUCAGGAGAGCGCAGGGGAGACUCCUGCAGGUCGGAUGGAACAAGGUGGGUCUGACCCCGCCCCCUCCUCCUGGCUCGGUUCUUCGGUGACAGGGUGGUUAGGUCUGGCUAAAGAGGAAGAAGCCGGCAGUUUGACUGAAGGAGGGGAGAAAGACGAGAUAACAGAGACGCGGGCCGAAGCUUCUGUCGCUUCGUCCGUGACAGGAUGGCUGGGGUUUGGACGAGAAGAGAAACCUGAUGAUGCUUUGAAAGGUACAGAAGAAGACACAGAAAAUGCAGACUCUUUGGCGUCAACCAUGACUGGGUGGCUUGGCUUUGGAGGAGGGACAGCAAAAACGGCAGAAAAAGCUCAAGGAGAAGAAAGAGAAGAUGGCAAAGAACCAGCAGAGAUAUUCAGGAGUCGAAGGAUGUCUCUCGACCUGGAAGGCAGCCAAUUACAUGAAGAGAAGCAGAAAGAGACGGGGACAUUGGAUUGGCUGGGAAGCGGACUGUCAAGCACGCUGGGGUUCGGCCUGACCAAUCAGGAGUCAGGGCACGAGGCAGUGCCUGAAAGAGAGGCCAAGGAGACAAUCCCGGAUGAGGAAGUACUGCCGGCAUCCGGCACUUGGUUGGUUAUGGGGAUCGGGGCCAUUUUAGGCUACGGGAAAGACAAGCAGGAAGUUGAUGCGAGUGCAGGAAGUGGUUUGAAGGGGACAGAAGAGGACAAAACCUUAGAACAUCCGACAGGCUCGGAGAAUGUGGAUACCAGUCAAUCUCAAAGUGCACGGACAGAGGAGGUAGAGACACAGGCUGGCAAUGAAUCAAAUGUGGGAGAAACUCAGAAAGACCAAAAUGUCCCACCAGAGAUACGAGUCAAUGCUGAAACGAACGAUAACGUUAUAGGUACUUCAGAAAGCAGCAAGGAUCGUGUAUCACCUGAAGAUGAAGCAUCCAAGGUCGACCUAGAAGACGUUCCUCUUCAGACCGAGUUCGAGAAAACGUCCCAGACUGAAGUUGGAAUGUCCUCAAUACUCAACAGCAGUGAGGAAGAAGAGGAAGACAAUAUUUCAGAUGAUCGCAAAAAAGAGAAAUCUGCAAAAAUGAAGGGUAAAUAUCAUCAGAUGCCUAAAUCUAUAGAAAACAUGGUUAAUAACAGAGAAGCAGGAGGGGACAAGGGUAAAACUGUAAGCGGCAAUAAUCAGGAUUUUUUGACCCAAUCUAGCAUCACAUUUGGGUCUGAUAAACCUGCUCACAGUGUAGAAACCAAUGUUGAUAGUUCAGAUUCACAAGCUAUGAUUGGCAGCACAGAAACAGAGACACCUCAGGGUGAGAUGGGACAGGAGGGGGAGGCUGGUGAGGGCCGCUUUCAGGAGUUCGGAUCAUCUCGUUCUACUAAUAAAAGUACUGACCGUAAGUAUGAAAAGGCCUCAGAGGAGGACAGAAGAACGUUUUCCACCAGUGAGAGCGCAACACAGAUGGAAAACAGUGCAGACCAGGACUCUGUGUCUCCACAUAUGCAGCAGGGGGCCACUCAAAGUGUUGGUGAUGCACACGAGCUGAAGGAAACUGUUAAAGAAACUGAGAGAGAUGGUGACAAAACCAACCUCCAGCCAGUUCAAACUGAGACAAUUGAGUUUGGGAAAUGCAUUUUGAAUGAAAGUGGUCUCAAGUCAGCUACAGACUGUGGAAAAGAGACUCAGACUAAAGAAGCGGGGUCAAAUGAAGAGGAAAAGCAGGAGGAGAUAGAACAGUCAAAGGGAGAGGUGAAACAGCAGGAUGUGAAAGAAAGAAAAAAAGAGGAGAAACAGGAAGUGAAGGAGAUAAAGGAAGUAGGGAAACAGGAGCAAGUGGAGGAGAUAAAGGAAGUAGGGAAACAGGAAGAAGUGGACGAGAUAAAAGAAGAGGGGAAACAGGAAGAAGGGAAGGAGGUAAAGGAAGAGGGGAAACAAGAGGAAGUGGAGGAGAUAUUGGAAGUAGGGAAACAGGAGGAAGUGGAGGAGAUAAAGGUAGAGGGAAGACAGGAGGAAGGGUAUGAGAUAAAGGAAGAGAGAAAACAAGAGGGAGUGGAAGAUAUAAAGGAAGUAGGGAAACAGGAGGAAGUUAAGGAGAUGAAGGAAGUAGAGAAACAGGAAGAAGGGAAACAAGAUGAAGUGGAUGAUAUAUUGGAAAUAGAGAAACAGGAGAAAGUGGAGGAGAUACAGGAAGAGAGAAAACAAGAAGAAGUGGUAGAGAUAAAGGAAGAGGGGAAACAGGAGGAAGGGAAUGAGAUAAAGGAAGAGGGUAAACAAGAGGAAGUGGAGAAGAUAAAGGAAGUAGGGAAACAGGAAGAAGAUAAGGAGAUGAAGGAAAUAGGGAAACAGGAGGAAGUGGAGGAGAUAAUGGAAGAGAGAAAGCAAGAGGAAGUGGAAGAGAUAAAGGAAGUAGGGAAACAGGAGGAAGUAGAGGAGAUAAAGGAAGAGGGGGAACAAGAGGAAGUGAACGAGAUAAAGGAAGUAGGGAAACAGGAAGAAGUUAAGGAGAUGAAGGAAGUGGAGGAGAUAAUGGAAGAGGGGAAACAAGAGGAAGUGGAGAAGAUGAAGAAAGAGAGGAAACAAGAGAAAGUGGAGGAGAUAAUGGAAGAGAGAAAGCAAGAGGAAGUGGAAGAGAUAAAGGAAGUAGGGAAACAGGAGGAAGUAGAGGAGAUAAAGGAAGAGGGGGAACAAGAGGAAGUGAAUGAGAUAAAGGAAGUAGGGAAACAGGAAGAAGUUAAGGAGAUGAAGGAAGUAGGGAAACAGGAGGAAGUGGAGGAUAUGAAGGAAAUAGGGAAACAGGAGGAAGUGGAGGAGAUAAUGGAAGAGAGAAAGCAAGAGGAAGUGGAAGAGAUAAAGGAAGUAGGGAAACAGGAGGAAGUAGAGGAGCUAAAGGAAGAGGGAGAACAAGAGGAAGUGAACGAGAUAAAGGAAGUAGGGAAACAGGAAGAAGUUAAGGAGAUGAAGGAAGUAGGGAUACAGGAGGAAGUUGAGGAGAUAAUGGAAGAGGGGAAACAAGAGGAAGUGGAGAAGAUGAAGAAAGAGAGGAAACAAGAGAAAGUGGAGGAGAUAUUGGAAGUAGGGAAACCGAAGGAAGUGGAGGAGAUAAUGGAAGAGGGGAAACAAGAGGAAGUGGCGGAGAUAAAGGAAGUAGGGACACAGGAGGAAGUGGAGGAGAUAAAGGAAGAGUGGAAGCAGCAGGAUAUAGAUGAGUUCAAGGAGGAAAAGCAGGAGCAGGUGGAAGAAUUAAAAGAAGUUAAGGAAAGGGAGGAGUUAAAGGAGGUAGAAGGAGUAAAGGAACAAGAUACUAAAGUGGGUGAAGAAAAACAAGCAGAGUCUCAUUUUGAGGAAGAGAUGGAAAACAGCCUCCACUCUUUACCUCAUGCUAAGAAAGACACGGACAGUCCAGAGCCAGAGAGCGACGGGAAAGACACACAAGACGAGAGCAGCUCGGAAUCUGUGUUCUCCGAACCGUCCACGCAGACUGAAGAGAGUCGGACUGAAAACCCAUCGAUGGAAGGAGAGGAGAGAGAGGAAGAGAAGGUCAGGGGUCAAAUGAAAGAGGAGGAGGUUGAGGAGAUGGAGAAUGUGGACCGUUUGAGGAGGAUCGAAGAUGAAGAGGAGACCCUUAAAUGUUCAAAUGACCUUUGUCCUCAGGCUAGCGAAGACGGAUUUGUAAAGGACAGAGAAGGAAAUGAUCCUGUGAAUAUGUUGAGCUCAAUAGAGGAAGGGGCAAUGGAGACAGGGAAGCAAAAUCCAAUGGACAAUGAUCAAAUAUUAGCAGACAGGAUAGGAGCGAGUCAGCUGGUACCAGUUGAAGGCGUGGAGAAGGAUGAGGAUGGAGUACAGGUGGAGGAAGAGAAAAUAAACGAGGGGAACAACUAUUUGCCACAUUCAGGUGAGAGUGCGGAUCCACUUUCACUUGGCCAGACAACUGUGAACACAGAAGAUGAUCAGCUGCAUUCUGGUGAGGCCUACAACACUGAGCUUGAAGACCCCGGAACCAUCAGCAACGGGGUUUCCGCUGAGGAGGAAACAGAGCAAGGAUGCUCUGAUCCUAAGAUAGUAACAGAGAAGCACACUGAUAAGGAAGAGAGGGAGAUGAACGCAGAGCCUGAGGCUGAUUUCAGGUCAGACGGAGCGAUAGCGGUUCCAGUGUCGUCCGUUGAAAGCCCGUCUGUGAUGUCCGAACAAAGCGCUCCGUCAGACGGUCACAACACAGGGCCAAGUGGAGGUGCGUUCGGCCUUUUCAAAAGCGCCUUUAGCUUUUUUGGAUCGCCCCUCGCCGAGACUGGUGGGUCCAAAGAGUCUUCCCCGAGUUCGGGUUCUGACACGUCCACGGUACGAGCCUCUCUCCCUUCUGAGCAAGCACUGGAUUCAACCACUGAUUCGGGUCAGCUUUACAUGCAAGAUUUGCACACUUCCCCCCAAGUCGCAGAGACCCGGACCUCACCUCCGUCCCCAACGGGUGGCCGUUCUCACCCCGCGGAAAAAAGCCCCCCCCAGACUAAAACCCUCGCCACACAUUACAAGAGCCUCCUCGCCCACAUGAGCGCCGACGAGGCGACCGUUCUGACGGAGCUCUUUGGACGACACAAGUUGCAGUUUUUGGAUUACAUGUUGGGGAGCGCGGAACCCACGACCGGUGACCCCGACAGCGAUGGCUCGAUAUUGCUGGAUAUAGAGAGGCUUCUGGGUCAUCACAGGGAGGCUCUGGUGGCUCCCAGCGCGAGGCUCGCGGAUGCACCGCAGCAGGACAAGGACAAGACCAGUGUGCUCAUUGCACUUCAGAAGCUAGAAACGCUGCUGGCAAGAGUGAGAGAGACUUUCAGCACAGGCGAGGCCAGCUGUGUCGGGGAAUCCUGUUCAACUCACAACGAAGAUGAGGAGACGCCCGCUGAGGAGGAUUCCUCUGAGGGCCCGGAUAGGACCAACACUCCAAGAGAUGAAUGGAUGGGGUUGGGUCAAGAGAAAGAUGGACGACUGAGUGGAAGCACAGCAAAGGAGAGGGUGACCGAGGAUCAGGAAAGGCAAGAGGAGGGGAUGCCCCCACCACAGCCACUGGAAGAGGUAAUAAGGCAAAUUCGGGACUUUGCUCAUCAAAUCGCCGAAGACUCAACCACUCAUGUUCAUGCAACGAGGGAGCGCCUGACAUGGCUUACUGUACAGGUAAGAUUAACUGCAGAUUGA